GAGAGAGCGCGAGAGCAACAGAGAGAGAGAGAGAGAGAAAGGAAGAUUGAGUGAGAGUGGAAGAGAGCGAGAGAGAGUGGGAGAGAGAGAGACUGAGGCAGGGGCUGUACAAGCAUGCCUUUUAUAUUUACUAGCAAUUGAGGAGGAGAGAGCGCGAGAGCAGCUGAGAGGGAAAGAGAGAAAGGGGGAGAGAGAGAAAGAGGGUGAAGAGACAACCAGUGUGCGCAGCUUUCCCAAGAGGAAAUGAAAAGAAAAGGGCUCUGCUGAGAGAAAGAGAGAGCGCAAGAGAGAGGGAAAGAGAGAAAGAGAGAGUGGGAAACAGAGAGAGAGAGAGAGAGCGCACGCGAGAGUGUAUACUCUGAGUGUAUCUGCUCAGUCAAGUCAUAUCUGAGAAGACUCUGAGCUGGAUGGUAGGGAAAUACUGAGCGUGUGUAUGUGUGUGUGAGAGUACGAAUGAGUGUGUGAGGGAGAGAGAGAGAGGAAAAGAGAGAGAGAGAGGGAGAGAACGAAUCAUAGGACUCUCCGCUGUUACUGACGCACACACACACUCACACACACUCACAGACACUCUCUCUCUCUCCACAGACACACACACACUCAGACAAACAGCGGACGCUCUUUUGUGUGAGCAGGUCAGGAUUGUUCUGCAUCCAGUCUGACCCCCCUCACCCCCCACCACCACCAUCGCCACCCCCAAGAGUGUGCUUAGGCGUUCGUGUGUGUUCAUGUGUCUGCGUGUGUGAAGGACCUGGAACGCAGGGGUCUUGCUUAGGGGGUCCGUCCGGGUCCAGGCAGGGGGCGUCCGAAGAAGAGGAGGAGUGUAUUCUGGCACAGCUGCUCAACACAAGACAUGCACAUCAGCCCCUCUGCGGGAGGUCUGGGUCUGACAUAGCCUCGGCCAGUCACAGCCUGCUUUAGAGGUGGCCGCAGGAGCGGCAGCACCAUGGCGGCCAUGCCGUUCGUCACCGAGGGGAAGUGUGUGAGUGUGGAGUGGGACUUCCUACAAGGACUCCUCGCCAAACCGCCCACCCUGCCCUGCUUACAAAACCUGCGGAAGGAAAAGUCCCGAAACGCAGCUCGAUCUCGCCGCGGGAAAGAGAACUUUGAGUUUUUCGAGUUGGCCAAGAUGCUUCCCCUACCCGGUGCUAUCACCAGCCAGCUGGACAAGGCCUCUGUCAUCAGACUGACCAUAAGCUACCUGCACAUGAGACACUUCGCUAGCCAGGGGGACCCACCAUGGAGCCCCCUGAUGGAAGGGGAGAAUAACUGCAACAAGGUGCGGAGAAGCAGUCAUUCACUGGCUACUGACAUAUUUGAGCAGCACCUGGGAGCACAUCUGUUACAGUCUCUGGACGGGUUUGUGUUCGUUGUCAGCCAAGAAGGAAGAUUCCUCUACAUCUCUGAGACCGUUUCCAUCUACCUGGGCCUCUCGCAGGUGGAGCUGACUGGCAGUAGUGUGUUUGACUACAUCCACCCUGCAGACCACGUGGAGAUGGCAGAGCGCCUCGGAAUAAAGCCACACCUCCGAGCAGAGGCGGGCUGUCAGACGACUCAGGAAAGCAUCUCAAGCUCCGCCUCCACUUCUUCCCUGGCUGGCACACCUGAACCAGCUCCCUCUAGUCCUCUCUCAUCCGGGGAUGAGCUGGCGGAGCGAGGUUUCUUUAUCCGGAUGAAAUCCACCCUCACAAAGCGCGGACUCCAUGUCAAAUCCUCCGGUUAUAAGGUGAUCCACGUAACAGGCCGCAUUCGCUGUCGCCCUGCCCUGGUACCAGGUUCCUCCCGCUCGCUUCAUCGACCAAUGGGAUUGGUUGCCCUUGCUCACACCCUCCCCCCCUCCACUCUCAAUGAAGUGCGCAUGGAGAGUCAAAUGUUCGUCUUCCGGGUCAAUAUGGAUCUACAGGUCACCUACUGUGAGAACAGGAUCUCGGAGUAUAUGGAUCUGAGUCCUGCUGAGGUGGUGGGACACACCUGCUAUCACUUUAUCCACGUGGAAGAUUUGGACACCAUCCGACAGAGCCACGAAGACUUGCUGAGAAAGGGGCAGGUUGUAACUGGUUACUAUCGCUGGCUGCAGAGGAGAGGAGGCUACCUAUGGGUCCAGUCCUGCGCCACUGUGUCCAUCAACCACAAAGCGCCACACGAACGCAACGUUAUCUGGGUCAACUAUAUACUCAGUCGCACAGAAAUGCCAGACACACCACUGGAUUUACUACAACUCCCAGAAACCCUGCGAGCCGAGCGUCUGCGGUCGAACUCCUCUCCUCGGGACAUCUCUCCAAAGGCACAAGGCCCCACUGGCACCCAGCCAGCAAAAGGCCGGAACGAUCCCGAGCGCAAAGGAAGAGAAUCGUACGCUCACCCAACUGUUAGCCAGUCAGAGGACAGGAGGAAGAGGCCCAAUCGUUCAAGCCCUGAAAACGGUCCCCCAGAAACAAGGAGGCGGCUAGAAGUGUUCCGGCAAAGAGAGGGCAGCCCGUCAGGAUCAUCGGAGCCAGUUAGCGACAGCGAGGCCGGCGAGGAAGAAGAAGAGGAAGAGAAGGAAAGCGAGUGGGACCAUAACGGCAACAGCAAGAGGGUGAAAACCGAGGAGGGCGUGUCCAAGCAGGCCAGCAGGGUGAGCAGUCUGGAUAAAGCCCAUAAUGGCCGUGCUGUGAUUCAGCAACUGAAGAGUGUGGUCACCAGCACGGCUGGGUCAAACAUUAAAACUGAGCGCUUGGCUUCCGGGGGCCGAUGGAGCCACCCUCUGACCGGUGCCCAUGUUUCCAGUGGCUUAAAUGGUAGUAGCCCCCCUUCUCAAGUUCCAGACUCAAUCGCCAGUGAGGUCCCAGCCAAGGGUCUUUUCAGCCCCCCCUCUCCCACCCUGUCUUCACCCAUCCCAGCGUCGCCCCUGCCCAGAGAAGAACGCCCCAUCCACAACGCUCGUGCCCCAGACUACGAGCUCCUCCAGAGACUGGCUGCAGGCGGGGCAGCUGGACGUGUCCUCUUCCACCCGCUGGCCCUUGGCCCUCAGGGCCCUCAGAGCCUCUAUGCCCCAAGCACUAUUCGCUACGCCCCACCAGAGCUUCCCACCGACAGCCACCGCACUGACCACACCCCCAAAUCUCCCACCUUCUUCCCCCACUUGCAGAGAAUUGCGGGGCUGCCACCCUUCAGCGGCUUUUCGCCCUCUGAACCUCCGUUUCAUCCAACGCUGCCCUUCUGCAUGAACGGACUGAGAGGGGCAGCAGGGACGGAGGAGGACUGAGAGAGCAGGAGGUCGAAUGUGGAGAAAGAAAAAGAGAGAGAAGUAAAGGUCUGAUCUGUCCAUGCUGCAUCCAAAUGUGCAUCUUUUUGCAGCAACUGUUGCUAGCUGGUUCAGUCAUUAGAUCAUCAGAUUGUUAGGAUUAUCUGUUAUUUUAAAACAAAGAGAAAAGUGGGUGGAACCUUUAUCCUUUGUGUUGUCUUAAGAAUCACAAAUGACACACCACCACCAUGUUUAUCAGCAGUAAAAAAAAAAGUGUGAAAUGUUAAUCCUAUUAACUUUUCCUAGAUUGCCCCCAACUUUAGAGAAGGUAAAACAACAUAUUUGUCCAUACUUCAAAGCAAGCUGUGCACCACAAUGAAAGAAAAGGUAUAUAUACUGUAUAUAAAAUUUUAGAGUGGGGCAGAGGAGACCCUUACUCUUUGAAAGGGGAGAAAUUGUUAGGUGGGUAAUUUAUUCUCAACAUUCUCAACAACCACAGAAAGCUGGUUAAGGGGAUUCGAAAAGGUUUGAAAUCUUUUUUUUUUACAACAGGGUUUUAAUGCUUUUAGCAGUGUAUUAAGUGUUAAGUGAUCCAAUACCAAUUGAAGCUACAGAGUAUGUUUUUAUAGCUGCUAUAAGCAGUAAAAAAAAAAAAAAAAGACUGUGCUCCAUUAGUUAUCGGCCCCAUCAGUUAAUAUGUGGGCAUUAUGUUUGUAUGUAUUAUUUUUUUAUGUUUUUUUUAUCCCUGACCAAAAUGAAUUGGCCAUUCAUUAGUUUUUCAUUUUUGCAUAAAGAAUAAAAUGGUUGGAAGUAGGUGAGAAGUAGCAGUAAUAGUCAACAGUAAAAUUACAAGUGUUAAAUCAACACUGUGUCAAAGAUCUAUGUUAAAAGUGUUAAUUUAACACUGAAAAUUUACUUUGUAGUUGUAGUAGCAAUAUUAGUUGUCCUAGUAAUAUUAGUAGUCAUUGUAGUGGUAAAAGCAGUAGUAGUAGUAGUAAUAGUAAUAGUAGUAGUAGUAGUAGUAGGAGCAGUACUACUAGUAAUCCCAGCUAACAAAAGUAUGGUCUUAGAACGUUCCCCUGAUGUCAUAUUUUAGUUGUCUGGAAAUUUCUCUCAAUGUGAAUUUGUCCAUUUUUGUCAACAUUCGCAACAAGUUUUUGUAAGGUUACAUUGUAACAUUCCUCAACCUUAUUUGCAACUUUAAAAUAAUAUUCCCAGAACAUUCUCAUAACAGGAAAUUUCACAACUGGACUUUUUAGACAGGUGCUGCAUCCUAUCAUGAUAUGACAGUAUCCAUGUUUUUGUCUGACAUAGGCAACUAAUUAAAACUAGGAAGUACAGAAAUGCUACCACCUGCUUCUCAUACUUCUCUUGGCUUUUCCACCGAUGUGGAAUUGCCAUAGUUCUGGUUCGCGAACCUAAUUUUGAACCAUUCACUGCGUUUCCACCAACAAAAGUAGGUCCUGGAACCAAGAAUGUCCGUUCACAGCAGGAGCCGUGUUCACCACCACUGUGCAAUGCUCUCUGUUGAUGACGUAUGAUGUGACGUUUUUGACGGUUCUACUAAAACUGGUGGAACACGGACUGGUUUGUUGAAGAGCACCGUGGUUCUUAUAAGAAUGGAAUUGGUCCAAAAACGCUCACAGCUAAAAUGCUAAUAACUGUAGUAGCUAAUCAAAACUUGGCAGAAGGGAAUUACUGAAAAUGAUCACACACUGAAUUAAGGAUAGACUUCUGUAAACAUCAAUGAUGCUAAAAUCAAUCCUGUAGCUAAUUAAAGGGAAAGGGCAUACUAAAACUUACCCUGCAGUAAAUUAUCUAUCCAGAAGCUAAUCCAAACUAGAGAGAAGAUGGAUGGAAAUGGAUGUAGCAUAAAGCUGAUCAUUACAGUAUUUCCACUUAUUUUAGCCAAAUUUCUGUGUAGCUAGUCAAAGCUGGUGACAGUUGCUAACAUGGAAUGGUUGUUUGGCUCGAGCAUGGACAGAUCACUUGGCAACAAAGAUGGCACAACACUGAAUAAAACACUUCAUGGAAGGGUGCAGGUUUGUCAUUCUUCAGUCUUCCCAGCAUCCUCUCCAGCUAGCUUAUGAGCGUGCAUAGGUCUUCCUCUCUCUGGACAUGCAGGAAAAGCCAUACUGUACAAAUGGAGGUCUUCAUUCAGCCACAGAGACACAGACACACACGGGGAGAAAAUUCCAGAAGGGAAUGAGUCUGGAAACAAAGUGAAAGAGACAUCUGAAUGCAAUGGCACAGGAGAGCAUGAUCACAGACCUGAUCAUGCUUUGGACAUUUGCUGAGUGCCAAAAAGAGAUGUUCCUACACUGCAAGCAAGAAGAGAAGAAAGCACAGUCCCUAAUUUGUGGAGUGAUCUUGUCGAGCCCCUUUCACGGGUUUAAAUCCUUUAAACACUGUAGAUUUUUUUUAUUUUGUACAGAAAAAAGAAACAUACAAUAUUUGUCUCUUAUUCUCGUUUCUUUGAGCUUAAGAAAAAAAGAAAAUGAAUCACCUGAGUGAUCUGUUCAGAACGUGCAGCCAUAUUUAAGACAUUUGGGAUUUAAAGACUGCUUCCAUGCAAGGCUCCAAAGCCCUAUAUAGAUAUUGUGAAUAAAAUAACGUCAUGAACUAACUUUCUUAUUGGUGUUUAGGGUGUCAAAGUCAGUCAGGCGGGAGGGUGGGUAAGUGUUUUGUUUUGUUUUUUUUCAUUCCUGUCAUCGUCCAUCACUUCCAAGCACUUAAGAGCAUCUGGUUUUGAACAUAUAGCACUUCAUUUAUGACCUCUGCUGUAUAAAAUAAAAUAAAAACAUUCUGUAGUAGAAUGGCUGUGGUCAAUAAAACAUGUUGCUUUUUAUGCCGACCUGAAAAAUGUGAGGGGAAAUAUGGUGUAUUAUGAAACUGUACUCCAACUAAGUGGGUGGUGUCAAGGAUGAGGAUUUGGUCCAGAGAUCAAGAUAGAUACGGUCCUGAUGGUCCUGUAGCUCAUAGUCACAUCACUGAUAAACUCAUACUACAGAAAAUGACUGAUGAUUUCAGAAGUACAGAACUGAAUAUGUUAGUCGUCUCCAUGCAGAUGUUUUGACCACACAGCUGUAGGACUAUAUCUUUUUCUGUGUCCAUACCAAACAAGUUUGAAAUGUGAAUGGCCAUAAGCACUUGUUGUUUUCACUGACUGAAGGCUAAGCCUUUUCUGCUUCACUUCUAAGUGCACAUGUGAGUGAGGAGUGAUGUUGAAAUGAAAGAGUGUGCGUGUGAAAGUGACCGAGUGAUUGAGUGUGUGUGUAUGCGGGGGGUGGGGUACUCACGAGUGUGUAAUAUAACUCAUGAGAUUGAUGUGUUCUCUUAACCUUUGCCAUCACUGUGAAUCUAACCUUUUUAUGUUGAAAUGUUUGUGAAGAUACAAUGGCAUCAAUCACGUUAAAUGAAAAUGAAAAUCUGCAAAGAUUAUUAUAAUGAUAAUACAGAUGAGAUAAUAAACUCUAUUCCUGUA